UCAACACCAGAUCACCCCCAAACUUUUAACUUUACACGCUCACAUGUUCGAGCCUUCCUUUGAAAAUUUAGCUUCAAAGGAUUGCAGAAACGAGUUCCUAGCUGUCCGGGGUUGAGACCCAAUUAACUUAUACUAUCACGCAUUCCUCACUUCGCCAACUUUCAACUUCCAGCCCAUCCGAGUUGGAUAACACCACACCCCGCCAUGACAUCAGCUCCCCCACCGGGUCGAGCCAGCUCGCCUACGGGCAGCUUCUACGCCCUUAGCGACGAUGAGGAGGGCGAGUAUGAUACUAUCACCCAUACAGAGACUGGGAAAGGGGUUAAACUCCUAUACUCCAAGAGCAAAGUCUAUAUCCAUCCUACCCCGUCAGCAAAGGAUAAUAUCGCAGGCUACAUAGCACUAUUGCAACAAAAAGGUCCCCGCGGCGAACGACCUACGUCUUCCUCCUCGAAGAGCUCCAUUUCUCCAGCUUCCGCGGAUCUCCUACUCGCUUGGCUGCCUGAAUCUUCUCUCGGUGAUGCCGAGAGUAUCUAUGUCAAGGUCGACCUAAUCGAUGCCGAUUCCCCUCCAAAGCAGAGCUAUCUCGUACCACCACCUCCAACCGUAACGACUCACAAAGGAUCAAUCGGUCACUAUGCCUUUGCGAUACCAGUCAGUGCCAUAUACUCCCUACUAGUACGCCCUCCAAGUUUAGGGUGGUGGUUUGGAUCUCUGGUGAUCAACACCAGAGCCGGAGACAGCUUUCCAGCUUUGUUCUUCCACGACAGCGAAUGCCAGUCGACCAUACUCCAGAAAAAGAAGCGAGCCAGGGACAACUUUGACCCCUUCGGCGAAAAUGGACAAAUGUUCUGGGGAGGUGAUGAGGUUCUCCGCUGGCUAAAACGCUACAUCCGGAUCGAGAGGAGUGGUGCUGAGCCGAAUAUCUACUUAGUCGAGCCUACCAAGGAAGAUAGUGAGGCCUUUGGUGGAAAGUUGACUUCAAGUACACCCUCGUCAAUUGGCCGACGGGAUAGUUCUCAAGGUUUACGUUCACCUGGUGCUAGACGCUCAGCAGCGGGUUCUAGUAGCCAGAAUGACGCGGGUAUGGACCCCGUUAUGAAGUUCGUGAAGGAGACGGGGUGGAAUAUUCUGGAGAAGUUCAGCAAAGUCACUACGUUUACACGGAGAACCGCGCAGGAGAUCAUAGACAACCCAAGACUCCCACCUCAAGUACGCAAGUUGAUGAGAAAUCCCGAAGUUCAGACAUUGCAGGAUGAAUUCGACAGCGCUAGGAUAUACCUGGCUAGAUGGGCCAUGGGAAUGGCCGAGCAGAGUGAAAGGGAUCGAAACCAGAGGAUAUGGACCGCUCGCGAUGUCUUAGAACUAGAAGAUACUGAUGUGGGGGAGUUUGAGUUGCUAGAAACGAGCAACAUGUCUUUAGAAGAACGAAGAAAAACUGUUACUUUAAAGGAGUGGACCACUUUCUUUGACCCCAGAACAGGACGUCUGGCAGUCACUGUUGACGAGGUCAAAGAGAGAGUUUUCCAUGGUGGUCUGGAUCCAGAUGAUGGUGUCCGAAAGGAGGCCUGGAUGUUCCUGCUUGGUGUUUACGACUGGUAUAGCACAGCAGAAGAACGAAAGGCGCAAAUGGCAUCUCUUAGGGACGAGUAUGUGAAGCUCAAGGCUGCUUGGUGGGAGAGACUAGUUGAUCUUGGUGGUGAAGGUGAAGAAGGCGAAUGGUGGAGAGAGCAAAGAUGCCGAAUCGAAAAGGAUGUUCAUCGAACUGACCGCACGGUCCCAAUCUUCGCAGGAGAGGAUCUUCCUCACCCCGACCCCGACUCCCCGUUCGCCGAAGCUGGCACCAAUGUGCAUAUGGAACAAUUGAAGGAUAUGCUUCUCACUUACAACGAGUAUAACAAAGAUCUCGGCUACGUUCAGGGGAUGUCCGAUUUACUUGCACCGAUAUACGCUGUUAUGCAGGACGACGCGGCGGCGUUCUGGGGCUUCCAGCGCUUCAUGGAGCGGAUGGAACGAAACUUCCUCCGCGACCAGUCUGGCAUGCGAAACCAGCUCCUUACACUCGACCACCUAGUUCACUUCAUGGAUCCAAAGCUAUACGCUCAUCUUGAGUCUGCUGAUAGCACCAACUUCUUCUUUUUCUUCCGCAUGUUGCUCGUCUGGUAUAAACGGGAGUUCCAGUGGAUGGAUGUUUUGCACCUAUGGGAAGUGCUCUGGACGGACUACCUCAGCAGCAGCUUCCACCUGUUUAUUGCCUUGGCUAUUCUAGAAAAGCACCGAGAUAUCAUCAUGAUACACCUGAAGCAUUUCGACGAGGUUCUAAAAUAUGUUAACGAACUAUCAAACACGAUGGACCUUGAGUUGAUUUUAAUCCGAGCAGAGGCCUUAUUCCGCCGUUUCCAACGGUUAAUCGAGGCUAUAGACAAGAAGCAGAACUUCCCAGCGCCGAGGGUCCUUAAGGACUCGCCAUCCCCUAACUCGACAUCUGCGUCUGGAUCAUCGGGAGCAUCCCCGCAGUCGGGAACUAGAAAUGGGAAAGCUCCUGAGGAGCAAACGAAGAAGACGAUCACCCCUGAAUUACGGAAGUUGCUCAGUAAGACUAUAGAGGUUUUACCACACACUCACAAGAAGCGUAAUAGUGUUACUACUGAAUCUACCUAGGAGGUAGUAGUCGAUUAGGUAAUUGCUUAGACUAAGGUCAACAUCGAACUUGAGGUAUGUGUAUUUUAUG